AGUCUAGCCAGAGACAUGCAGGUGGCACUCUCUGUUUAUACUGUUACUCCUUUUAGGGUGGGUUCUCAUUAUAAAAAGUACCUUUCUUGUUCAUUUCAGAGAGUUUCUUCUGACGUUGUUGACCUUGUAUUCAAUGAAUACAUAGGGAAAGCAGAGAGCCGUGCUCAGGUGCGAGAUGGCCUUCUUGAUGCAAUAGGAGAUCACAUGUUUGUUUUGUCUGCCAUUGAAGUGGCUAGAUACCAUAGAGAUGCUGGCCACCCAGUCUACUUCUAUGAAUUUCAACAUCGACCAAGCUCAGCCUCAGGUGUCGUACCAGAGUUUGUAAAAGCAGAUCAUGGAGAUGAGAUUGCAUUUGUCUUUGGAAAUCCAUUCUUAGCUGGGAAUGCUACAGAAGAAGAAAAUAAACUUAGCAGAACUGUUAUGAAGUACUGGACUAACUUUGCUAGAAACGGAAAUCCCAAUGGGGAAGGCUUGGUACAUUGGCCUCAGUAUGAUCUGGAUGAAAGAUACCUGGAAAUAGACCUCAUACAAAAGGCAGCAAAGAAACUGAAAGAAGACAAAAUGGAGUUUUGGGUACAGCUCACAAAACAGAUGAGAAGUGAAAGAAGGAGAGAACACACGGAUUUGUGAGAGCUGCAGGGGAUACAUUUUCCUUUUACAACCCGAACCUUCCUGUGAGGAUAAGAGUAUCCAUCAAAAACCAGCCGUGGGAUCACAAUUGUUUUCCUGUUCUGUAAACUGUUACAAAUACUGGAGCUACAGGCAGAAUGUUCAGCUGCGAGCUGGAACAGUGGCUGCCUCUAAAUUUAACGUGUUUGGCUUUUCUUUUAAGUGUAUGUACUACUAUAGGCCUAUAGGGUAAGAAAUUGUACCUCAGGAUUCAUUUAUAAAAUACUCUCACAGUA